GUUUGAAGUGAGACAGAUCGCCGGCGGGGAGCGGGGGCGGGGCCGCGGCUCGGGCCCCCGACCGCACGGACGCGGACCGGGAGAGGAGGAGGGGGCCACGGCCGGACCGCCGCGGUCGCCGCCCGGGGCAAGGCGUCGAGACCAACGGCGCUCCGGAUCUGCGCCUCCACCCCCCACGACGGCCCGCGGGACCGCGCGGCAUGGGCCACCGCAAAACCCUCCCGAGACCCUGGCGGCGAUCCCAAAGACCACCCCCCGUCCCACGCCCCACCACACAGGCCACCGCCGAGCAGACCCGGCGGGGCGAGGCGGGGGCGAGGGGGGUGCUGAGGGAGGCGGCGGGGACCGGACACACAGGGCCGGGGAGGGGGGCAGGGAGGAGGAGGAAGGACGGAGGGCCGGCAGCGGCGGCCACAGCCGUCUGCACUUAGGGGGACGGAGGGCCCGGCGGCCAGGACGACCCUCCCCGGCCCGCAGACGACCCCGCACACCGAACCGCCGCGCAGGCGGGCGUGGGGCGCCCUCGGGCAGGGGCGGGCGCUGGCGGGACAGGCCCUGCAAGGGAACCCCCAGCCGCGCCUUACCCCCGGGAGAGAGACCCACCCGGGGGAGGCGAUUGAUCGGCAAGCGACGCUCAGACAGGCGGUGCCUCCGGCUGGCCAGCAAGAGACAACAAAGACCAGACUCCGAGAGGUCGGAAGGGUUGGAACAGGGCAAGUCCAGCAGCCCGCCCCGCCACGCGGACGAUGCGCGGGGAGCUCGGAACAACCCCACAGGCGCCCAGGGGGUUCCCGCCUGUCCCCUCCCCCCAACACACACCCAAGGGACACGGGGAGCACGCACACGCACACGCUCACGCACCACCCGGCAGCCGCCGGGCAAGCCCCCUCCCGGCAAACGGGGAGGGCCAUGGCGUGGGCGCAAGCGCGGCGGCACCCCGGCCUGGGGCGGCGGGGGACGGGCAGCGGAGUCUGGAGGAGACACGGGAAGACCAGCCUCCGCGGCUCCCCACGGGCCCGACCGCCCCGACCCCCAAAGGGUCUUUAAACCUCCGCGCCGGGACGCGCUAGGUACCUGGACAGGGUGGAGGCGGGCGAGGUGGGUGGGGGACGAGGGAGCCCGCGACACCGCCAACCACCUCGACGCCGGCACCCCCCCCCCCGGGGCCGCGGCCGGACCCACAAACGGCAAACGAAAGCCCCGACGCUGCCGCCCCGUGACGGAGGCUCCGACGGGGGCUAACCGCCCCCCCCCACAGACCGCCGCCGCCCGACGCCCCUCGCUUCCCCCCACACGACCCCCCCACGACCCUUCUUCUCCCCCCCCAUCCAGGGCCGCCGGGGCUGACCGGCCCCGGCCCCGCCCUCACUUCCGAGCACACCUUCCCCGUGGCACCGACCAACCCUCACCGUCCCCUCCCCCGCGGCCCAGGCCCCCCCCCCCGCGGGAGGGGGGCUGCGGCGGGAAGCGGGGCACGAGCGGGGAGGGCGGAAGGAAGGGGGUAAGUAAGGUCUGCGGGGUAGGGCAAAGAGAGAGGGCGCAAGGCAGGAAGACGGGCCUGGGGGACGGACCCCCGACGGAGCGGAGAGCCAUCCAGGGCGGGCGGCGGGAGGCGGCGGACGGCGGGGCGCCCCGCGUGAGCCGAGGCUCCAAGGCCCCCCGGGACGGGCGAGAACCCGACCGGGGAGACACCACGAGGACCCGCCGCCACGCCACGCAUCCCGAGACGCGCCGUGGCCAGGGCGCCAGCGCGGGCGGCGCGGCGACCGGGUUACGACCGGCGCCGAAGGCGAAGGCGGAGGGGGAACACACUCGAACCCCCCCAACCCUCAGACCCACCUCCGCGGGGGAAGGCGAGGCGAGGCACGGGGGGGGGUGGAAGCGCACCAGCAGGGUGGGGGAGAGGAGGGCGAAGGCACGCCAGGGACGGCGGGGGACGCCGCAGCGGCUCCCGCGCGCCUCCAGGCGGAGGCCUCCGCCCUUCCCCCCCCUCUCCUCUGACCGCCACACCCCCAACCAAGGCCCCUCAACGCCCUCCCGCGCUCUCUCGUCCCUCGCGACCAGCGGGCCGGCACCGCACCGACCCGCCCGCGCCGCACGGGUGGCAAAGGCACGCAAGCGGAACCGGGGGAGGGCCCCGACCGCUGCGCUCUCUCGUUAA